AUGCCAACUCGACCGUCCACAUACGCGACCCACGUACUUUCCCUCAUCCAAUCAACCGCAUAUCCUUCCAUACCGAGCGUUCAUGAGCUUGAGAAUAUCCGAGACACAUUAUUGGAACAUGCUCAUGCUCUUGCACCUCGACUCGCCGCAGCGUCUGGAAGUGGUACUGCCGAAUCAUCGACAAUACGGGGUAAGAAAGAUGAGAAGAGGAAAAGGAAAGAUAGGGAUGAAGAGGACCAAGAACGAGCAGCGUUGGAAGCGAACGAAAAAGCUGGAUUGAGAUUGGAAAUGCUGGAAAGAGCAAGAGUAGAACAUCAAAAGUCGUCUUUACAAAAUAAGAUCAGACAAGGAACAGGAAGUCCAAGUUCCGUUAGAGUAAAAAGAGAAAGAACUUCGUUAUCUCCGGCUCCCUCCAAUGCAUCUAGCGCAUCUUUCAGACCGGGUCAAGUGCUUGGUGCACCUAUAACGUAUGGCGGUCAGAUUAAGAAGAAAAAGGUGAAAAGAGUGCUCGAUAGUGACGAUGAAGCGGCUUCUCAACCAAGGGAUCGAUCUGUCCCUCAUCUCUCGCCUCCGCCCAACCAUGGUCAUCACGGUCAUCCACAUCAGUCCUCGACAUCAGGUUUGAAGCUCAAACUAUCUCAAGCUCAUCCGCUGUCCCACAGCAAAAACCCUCGUCCACCCACCGAUCCCUCACCAACACCAUCCAUAGCAGGUCCAUCCAGCAACAUCGACUUUUCUUUGCCUGCUAUACCCGUACGACCGCUGAUACCUCCCAGACCUGGAAUCCAGAAGCCUAUGAAACCUGGUCCCAAGAAGCAGAGCGAAGUGGAUGAAGACUUUAGUAACGCAAAAGCACCCAGUCAAGUUGCUUUCACCUCUUUCUGGAGUGGCGUGGACCCAUAUUUGAAGGACGUAAAGGAAGAUGAUCUAGCCAUGUUAGGGUUCAAGGCUGAUGCGCCGGAAUCGUAUGAAGUGCCAGCUCGAGGAAGACAUUACACGGAGAUUUGGGAUGAGGAGGAUGAUGUUCCACCAGGCACGACGUCGCGCUUCCCUGUACCCAAUUUACGAUUGCAACAAAUACAACAACAAUUGAACGGUCCAGCAAUAUUGCCUCAUUUCGUACCCACUAAUGAGCUGCGAGACGAGAAUCUCGUGGACGAACAGAGGGGAUUGGGCAGUCUAACGGAGAGGGUCGUGGCCGCUGUUGUCGGAAAGCUAGGCUUCGGGGAAAAGAACGAGAAUGCGGAGAAAGCAGCAGCGGAGAUUGCUGACGUAGAGCCUGCCAAAGUCGAUGUUGUUGACCUCGAGGAAAGGAUGAAGAAGGAGCUCAAGGCUGUAAUGCUACUGGGAGAGCACGAUGAGUAUGAUCCGUUAAAUCGAGAAGAUGACGAGAUAACUUCAGCACUCCGACAAAGUCAACGAUUACUGUCGCAACAAACAGCGUUAAACGAAGCUCGUAAAUCUCGAUUAGCAGAAAUAGCCAAACAAAGAUUAGCAUACAGUGAAUAUCAAUCUUUGUUAGAAGGAAUUGAGAAGUCGAUCGAGAGUGGAUGGGCAAAGAGAAUAAAGAAAUAUGGAUUGACACCUAAAAAGAAUUCAGCUGGAUCAGGUAGACCUCCUGUUCCUGAUAAUUUGAAGAAACUAGUCGCAACGCGGAAGCAUUGGCUGGAUACUGUGGGACAACUUAUGAAAGAAAGACCAAGAGGUCAAGUCGUUGGAUUACCAUCCAGAAGUAUCUAUGAAGGUAUAGGUGAAGAUGAAGAGAAAGAUGAGAAAUUCGUUGAAGAACAGAUUGGUUUAGCUGGAGAUGAGAUGGAUGUUGAUGAGGUCGAUGUUUAA